AUGAGUCUCAAACUCCGACCAUACGACUCCAGCAUGUCCCCCGAUUUAACCAUCUCCCAAUCAACCUUGGACUCCGAACCUUCCCCUUCAUCAGUCGACAGAUACUCCGCAGCGCUAGACGCCCUCAACGCCAGCAAUCACAACCUCGAAUACAAGCUCGCCAAGAUCCAGUCGCGCAAUCUGCGCCUCAAGCUCGACCUGAUGAGACUCCAACGACACAUUACAUCGUUUCAUCACGAUCUCCUGGCUACCUGGGAAGCCGACAUCCUGACGAGCCUGAUUGAGGUGGUUUACCGACGGCAAGGUCGGAAACUGCACCGCGGACACGACAUCGACCUACGAAGGCUCGAUCGGAAGGCUCUUUCGGCGAUGUAUACCAUCGCAGCGGGGAGAAUCGGCCGGAGGGCACUUAGGAGUUUGUUCGGUCUAUCGCAGCAUUAUUGGUUAGCGUUGCAGAAGUAUGAUGAGGUGAGAUGA